AUGGGUUCACGCGGCGGUAGUAUCGGCGGCAAGGCGCCCGAGUCGUCGUCGUCGCUGCGGGCCGCGUGGGCGUGCCUUGCCCUGUGCCUGCUCCUGCUGCUGUCUCGCUGCUCGCCAUGCGAGGGCCGCAAGCUGCUGGCGGAGGCCGAAGAGGAAGGCGGCAAGGUGAUGUACUUCGAGGGUGGCCUGGUGCUCAGAGUGCCACCGCCACCGAGUGUCGUCGGCGGCGGCGAGGAGCCCGCGGCGGUGCCGAGGGGGUUCGCGGCCACCGGCAGGGCGGCGCGGUUGAUGCGGUCGGUGCCCAGUCCUGGCGUCGGGCACUAG